AUGCAGAACGUUUUUUUCAUCAUUUUCUACGAAAAAAAUCUUCUUAAGAAUGGAAUUCACAGAACUUUGCAAUGUUUCAGCUUGAUGGCCACAAAAAGAACACUGAAAUUCGUGACGGGCAAUGCAAAUAAACUAAGAGAAGUGCGUGCUAUCUUGUCACCGCACAUCGAGGUCGAGAGUGUGGAUCUAGAUCUAGCAGAAUAUCAAGGCGAGCCAGAUGAAAUCGCACGUAAGAAAUGUGCAGAUGCAGCUAAACAGCUGCAAUCUGAAGUUAUCGUCGAGGAUACGUGUCUCUGCUUCAAUGCACUCGGCGGUUUACCUGGACCUUACAUUAAAUGGUUUCUGAAAAAUCUGCGACCAGAAGGUCUUCAUAAGCUAUUGAGUGGAUUCGAUGAUAAAACUGCGUAUGCGCUAUGUACAUUCGCGCUUUGUGAGGGUCCAGACAAACCCGUUCUUCUUUUCAGAGGACGAACUGAUGGAUGCAUAGUAGAACCACGAGGCGAGAAUCAUUUCGGAUGGGAUCCUUGCUUUCAACCGGAUGGAUUUGAUGAGACUUAUGCUCAAAUGAAACCGGAUCUCAAGAAUAGCAUCAGUCAUCGAGGAAAAGCACUCGCACUGCUUAAAAAGCACUUCAUUUCUGAAUAA